AUGGCUUUGAGACUUUGCUGUUCCUGGAUUUCCAUCGUCCUCCUCCUCCUGCCUGGCCUCUCAGAUGGAGGGAAGCUCCUGGUGGUGCCCAUGGUGGGAAGCCACUGGCUAAGCAUGCGGGAAGUGGUGGAGAAGCUGAGUGAGAGAGGACACGAGGUGGUGGUGCUGGUUCCUGAGGUGAGCUGGCAGACGGAGACCACGCAGGCCUACAAGGUGGUCACGUACCCGGUGAGCCAGAGCCUGGAAGAGCUGGAUAACGCCUUCCGGGAAUACGUCACCAUGCACCUGACGCAGAAGCCUUUCCCUCUCAAUGCCCUGGCCAUGUACAAUGCCUCGGUCCAUACUUACAGUACUUUCUUUGGGCAGUGCAAGGACCUGUUCCGCAAUCAGGAAACCCUUAGGUUCCUCAACCAAAGCAGAUUUGAUGCCAUCCUGACGGAUCCUAUCUUCAUGUGUGGGACAAUCCUCGCGCACCAUCUUUCCCUUCCCUUUGUCUUCUUCAUGAGGGGAUUUGGUUGCAACCUGCACUUUUCAGCCCCACAGAGCCCAAGCCCUCUGUCCUAUGUCCCAAGACUCUUCAGCUUCAACUCGGACCGCAUGACUUUUUUCCAGAGGGUGGAAAAUGCCCUGAUUUCCCUCCUGGAGCUUGAUUACUGCAAUGUUUACUAUGGAGAAGCGCUUAAGCUUUCCUCUGAAGUUCUUCAGAGAGAUGUGUCCCUGAUGGACCUGGUGAACUCCGCUGCCAUUUGGAUCCUGAGGUUUGACUUUGUGUUUGAGUACGUCAGGCCAGUGAUGCCCAACAUGGUCUUUGUGGGGGGGAUCAACUGUGCUAAGAGGAAACCACUGCCUAAGUUCCCGAGGCCAGUGAUGCCAAACAUGGCUUUUAUUGGAGGGAUUAACUGUGUUCAGAAGAAAAAACUGUCUCAGGUGCAUGUUUAUGGAAUUUCAAGGUAA